AUGUCCGAACAUUGGGUUAACUCAGUGAGAGCAGAAUAUACCAAUUCUGGUAUAAAUCAUAUUGAAGGUGGAUGGCCAAAAGACAUUAACAUGAGCGAUCCAGAAGCGACGCAAAGGUAUCGAAGGAAAAUAGAAAAAGAUGAUGCUUACAUCCAUGCUGUAAUGCAUCUUGGCCACAGUAUGGAGCACAACAUUCUGCAAAACAACGCUGUGGACAUGUACCAAAUAUACUAUUCGGAGCUUCCUGUUAUACCGCCGGUGGAGAAAAGUAGUUGUCAUACUGUGAAUGUGUAUCGGGAGCCCGGCGCUAGAAGGCCGGUCAGAUCUUUAUCGUGGCAGGCGGACGGCGGAGCUAGACUCGCAGCUGCGCAUGCCGAUGUCGAUUUUAUAAAGAACAGCAGAACGCUUCAGUUCUCUUACAUUUGGGAUAUAGAAAAUGCCAACACGCCAGAGCUCACGAUAAAGCCGCCUCAGCCAUUAUUAGACUUACAAUAUAAUCCAAGAGAUCAGCAUACACUAGUAGGUGGUAUGCUAAACGGACAGGUGGGUUGGUGGGAUUCACGAAAAGGCGGCGAUCCAGUUUGCAUUUGUCCACCGCACGUGGCACAUCGAGAUCUCGUACGUAACGUCUUAUUUAUAAACUCGAAAACAGGGGCUGAGUUCUUCUCAUCUUCUCCAGAUGGUGUUGUGAAAUGGUGGGAUACACGUAACAUGAGCGAGCCUACAGAUUCUAUGAUAAUAGAUCUCGUGAAAUUACCGAAUGAUACUCAAACUAUGGAGAAUGCUUUAGGAAUAUCCGCACUUGAAUACGAACCGACAAUACCUACGAGAUUCAUGGUGGGAACAGAAACUGGCCUCGUGAUAGGAGGCAAUCGGAAAGGGAAAACACCAUUAGAGAAGCUUCCUUCUAAAUACGAUGCGCAUCUCGGGCCUGUGUACUCCCUUCAACGAAAUCCGACCUUCUUGAAGAACUUCCUGACGGUAGGAGACUGGACGGCCCGCGUAUGGAGCGAAGACUGCAGAGAAUCGGCCAUUUUGUGGACGUACUCGCAUCGGACUAAGCUAACAGAUGGCGCGUGGAAUCCUAUAAGGUUCUCUUUGAUACUCGUAACUCAGUGGGACGGGUGUCUCUCUUGUUGGGACCUUCUGCGAAGACGAAGCGCGCCUAUAGUGACUGCGCAGCUAUGCGAUGAGCCCCUUUUAAGACUUCGACCGCAUGAAGGAUCCGUAGACUAUUAUAGCUUCACCGCAACAUUAAAGCGUUAUCUUAAACGGGAGAUAUGCCACCUACGGGCCAUCGAGGUUGGCCGUGAUUUCAAGUCCGUAUUUGAUAAGAUUUUGGAGCGGGAAAAUAAGCGCGAACGUAUCCUGGAGGCGCGUCUGCGGGAGCUCAGGCUGAAGAUGCGUCAGGACCGCGACUGUGGCCAAGCUCAAGUGGCCGAGAGCGACCCGACGUGCAACGACAAAGAUCUAGAGGAGGCGACGGCCGAGUACAAUCAAAUCGUCAACGAUCUGAUGGCGCAGCAAAGGAAAAAC